AUGGACGAAACCAACAGCAACUGGUUGACAGGUUGCUUGCUUUAUGCUGGAGGAUCGAUAACCGUAAACCUGGCCCAAAUCAUCAUCAAAUUAUCACAUCUUGAUCAAGAUCAUGGAACAAGCUCAUUCAUGUGGUGGUUCGGAGUCGUGUUGUUUGGAGCAGGCGAUGUGUUGAAUGUGAUCGGAUUAAAUUACGCUGCGCAAUCCUUGCUCGAAGCGUUCGGCUCCAUCCAAUUCGUCUCCAACUUGUGCUUUAGCACGUUUAUCUUGCAUGAAAACGUCCAACGACGGCAUGUCGUUUCUACUUGUCUCAUCAUUGCUGGAAACAUCUGCAUCGUGGCGUGGGGAGACCACAAGAACAAGAAGAUAACUCUGAGCAGGCUGGAAGAACUAGCGGGGACUACAGCAUUCAUUGUGUAUAUUUCUAUCAUAUACCCGAUGGCGAUUUGCAUUUACAUCCUUGAGAUAUAUUUGCAAAGGAUGAAACACAGGAAUUCACACGACCGAUCAAACUUGCAAGCGAUAUGCUUCGUCUUAUCGUCAGCGAUGAUUGGCGCCAACUCAGUCGUUGUGCUCAAGGCUCUGUCUGGUCUGUUGCAUACAUACAUUGAAGACUUCUACGGGAAAGACGGGAAGAUCCCAGGGAAAGUUGUCAUCGGGGCUUCCUGGAUUGUUUUCACCGUCACCAGCGGUGGAAUUUUUUUCGGAGAGUUCGCAGAUCUCGGUGCUCGUCAGAUUAUGGGGUUUACAGUUGGAGUCGUGCUGGUGCUGUUCGGAGUUUCAGUGCUGAUCCCCUCUAGCGAAGAACAAGUCGGGCUGCUGCAUGAAAGUGGUUUGUUCUUGUCCCUCUCCUGUGACUUGUUGAAGACGAAAGGGCAGGCAAACUUUCAAGCGGAGCCAACAAUAGGGGCCGCGCACGGGUUCCUGCACUGGCUACUCGAAGUCAUGCCGGUGGCAGCGGGGACGAGGAGCUGCGGCAACAAGGAAGAGAAGAAGCCAGCUAGCGGCUCAGUCGAGCCUGUAGCAGCGCACAAGUCAACAAGCAACGAGAUGCUGUUUCUUCAUUGUCAGUCUCGUCAACACAGCAUGAAGUGGACAAGGCUUCUGGGGUUUCCCGGCAUGCGUCCUUGGCAGGGAUAUCAAGGGGCGAAGAGCGCAAAUGAGGCUAUCAGGAGGAAUGUUUCGGUCCGAGUGCCUCCCGAUCAACUACGAAGAAUGUUUGUUGACCAGGCUCUGUCGUAUCUCGGUGUACCAUAUUCCAAAGGCCAAGGAAAUGUUGGGAACAAGUAUUCACGGCUGCUGAAGCAAAUCGCCCCGCUCUUGUUCGACAAUGUGUGUAUGAUCUUCGGGUGGUUCGACACCCUCCCGCUUGUGGCAACCAGUGUAGAAGAGCUGCAGAUCGGGGAUUUGAUAUUCAUUUCAGGAAUUUACUUCGAUACCAAGAGAAUCCCGAAGCCGCAUAACAUGACCCAUGUCGAAAUAUAUUUCCCAUCGCAAGACAACAAAGAGCAGACGAUUGGCUCGCGCUACAAACACAGCUGUGUACAGGUGCAUCAAAGUUACAAAUUUGAGAGCAAGACUUAUCACAGCAUGAAGUAUCAUUUCAGAAAGAUCGACACAUGGCUCGAAGGAGAAUGUGAGCCCUUGUUCGUGCUCUACCAUGAUCCCCUGAUCAACACGCAUGUCGGCAGUUUGUGGGUUCCCCCCUCCGGUCUACCGGCAUUGUGGUUCCUCGAUUGGAUGGAUGUCAAACCGCCCGCUGGGAUGGCGGCAUGGCGGCGGAUAGUCGUGCUGUUGCUGCUCGUCAUGUACGCGAUGGAAGGACGUGGUCUUCCUGCCAUCUUGUUGGGAGGGUCGAUAACAUGGCGGCUCGAUGAUAACUAUGAGAACAAUGGCAUCAUGUACUUUAAGGCUCAUACCUUCUUCAACAGGGAUGAUUUCAGCACCUACACCUUGAACUUGUACCAGGUUGUGACAAACCCGACUGUUUCCUUUGAUGUGGAGGAGAUCAUGGGUAGCAUUAGAGUAGCCAUGGUGAAGAAGACUGAAAUCAUCAAUCAGUAUUUCCCGAACAAUUUCAGGGUCGUUUUCAUGGAUAGCAAUGUGGUCGAGGGUGAAUAUGAGUUUCCUGUUCAAGUGCAGGACGGAUCGCUAUCAGUCUCUGCAAUGCUGGUGUGGAAGAUCAAUGGUGUCUUCACCAACAUAACAUAUUCUGCGGGGCAAGAUGUCAGCGCUGGAUUGAUGAGCAGGUGCAAAACGACAGGGGCCACCUCCGUUCCAUGCAUCAUGAACUGGGAUUACAUUGAUAUGCCUCCUGCAAGCGACUUCAUGCUGUCCACGACUUUUGUAUUGCCUCAAGGGAACUUCUCGCUUGUUCGCGACCAGCAGGUCAAGAACAGAAACUCUCCCAAGGCUCUUGUAAGAGGAUGGAUUUCACUCAACCCGAGCAACAACAUAAUUCAGGUUCCUCUCUUUGACCUAGACGGAAAUUCUCUCCAUCCCUACACUUUUGGAAGUACUGUUGCAAGCUCGGGACUGAAGGCGAUUCGCUGCCAACGAGAUGGCUCAGUGUUCACAACACUUGGCUGCGGAGUAGAUAAAACUGCAAAUUAUGAGAACAAACCCGAUUCCAUGUACGAGGGAAAUCUAUAUUAUUUCGACUUCACCGAUAAGGCAUUGCCAGAAAAUACCCGAUUCGUGUUCUCUAUUGCCAUGUAUUGCAAAGAUGACUUUGAAAACAUCAUCACUUUCAUCUUCAACGUGAACCUACAACUCCCGAACUCCCCGCAAAAAAAUGCUCCAGAGUUCAUCACUGUUGACAAAUCCGGCCAGAUAACAAGAAGUCGGCCUCAGACGAAUUUUGAGUGCAAGUGGAAUGAGAAAUGCUCGUUUGUUGUGUAUGCUGCCAUGUUCACAAGUACAGUGGCUUCAGACUUGACUGUAAUGCCAAAUGCCGUGGUUGACAUAGCCCAAGAUGGACCGAUUGCUGUGGUUGAGUCCUCGACGACGAUCAAUACCAUCUCCAUCAACCAGUUUGCUACGAUUGGACCAGCGGUCUCUAUAGGAGGAGGCGUCACAGCUCGGAACGUGUCUUUCGGACGCUCUUCGACGUCGUUUUCAUCGUUUGAACAGGCAGACAUUCUGAGUAGUCUCACUUUCGUUGAGCCCGUGCUGCCUGCAGCCUUCAACGGCGUCCCGAUAAGCGCAACGUCAGGACCCUUGUGCUUCAAAGUGAAAGUCGGAGGGCAUGCUCCUUCCUUCAUUCCUCCCACUCCCCCUAUGGAUAGAAAUCUGCCGAUCCAAUACGAUCAGAUCACUCCGGUGCCUGUCUGUUACAACGCGCUGGUCACGUUCACUAUCAAGGCAUCGGACCAAGACAAUGGUGAUCUUGUCUCCAUCAACACUGUCGACGUCGGAACCGAUGGAACGAGUUUGUUUUCCGCGCCAUAUUUUGCUACAAAGACGGGAAACUAUCAAGGAGACUCAACAAUAGCAGAAGUCAUAGUUCAAUACACGUUCUCAGACUCGAGUGGAGUCGUCGUCGACCCUCUUACUCGACGAAAACUGUUUCCAAACUCUCGGGUGAUCUGCAGCAACGCGUCCGAUUCCUCUCUCUUCCAGUACCGUCGAUGGGUUGGAAACACGACGGGAAAUCUCCUCAGCCCACAGAAAUGUCACAGCAUCCUGUUUGAAGGUCCUCCGUACUUUGUUACAAGUGCCGGGGCCUUCUCUACUCCUUUCAACAUGCUGCAGCUGACUUUUGGGGGUGGCAAGGGCUCGAGAGAGAAUCGAACAGGGCAGCUGCAAGCUUGGAUCAACAAAGAAAUCAACUUCAUGUUCUACGCUGAAGACACCAACCUAGUUGACUCAGUCAACAUCUUCUUUCUCUCUGACCCCGGAAUUCCCAAUAACGCUGUAGUCGGUCUGAGAGAAAGGUUGAAACGAGCAGGUCCCAACACAUGCCGAGCAAGGGUAGUCGACGGGACAUUAUCGAAUUGCUCGGCUGCCUUUCGGAACAUUACGUGGAUUCCGCUACCCGAGCAAGCCAAGGACGGGGGGAAGUUCUGUGCGACAGUGCGAGACAGCUCCGUCAAGUGCAUUCCUCCUCAAUCGCCUGAUCCUCGUGCAACUGUCUACGGUUGGUAUGGCGAGGAACAGUGCGUCGAGGUCACUGUUGUGGAGCCGAACCUGACCUGGACAGGAAGCUUUCUCCCGACUGCAGGCAAGCGACUUGAACGUGGUCAAGGAAGAGAAGGGAUGCAAGGGCAGCAGGAGGAGGGGGCAGAGGGGGAGAGAUGA